CGCUUCCCAGAUCACGUCCCCGCUGCCCCACCAGAUCCCAAUCCCCUAAACCUUGAAUUUGGGCUGCAGGGGCGGCGCGCCGGAGCCUGUGGCUGCGGCCGCGGCGAGCUCCAAAGGCGAGGCUUGGAGCACUGGGCGCUGUGCAGACGCACGAUAACCAUGGGUGAGGAUGAGAGCCGGAGCCUGGGGAAAGGAAGUGUCCCCCCAGGGCCGGUCCCAGAGGGCCUGAUCCGAAUCUACAGCAUGAGGUUCUGUCCCUUUGCGCACAGAACGCGGCUGGUCCUCCUGGCCAAAGGCAUCAGCUAUGAGGUUAUCAACAUUAACCUGAGAAACAAGCCUGACUGGUACUAUACAAAGCACCCCUUUGGCCAAAUCCCUGUCGUGGAAAACAGCAGAUGUCAGCUGAUCUACGAAUCUGUGAUCGCUUGUGAGUACCUGGAUGAUGCUUAUCCCGGAAGGAAGCUGUAUCCAUAUGACCCUUAUGAGCGAGCUCGCCAAAAGAUGUUAUUGGAGCUAUUCUAUAAGGUCCCACAUUUGACCAAGGAGUGUCUGGUAGCAUUGAGAUGCGGGAAAGAAUGCUGUGAUCUGAAGCUAGCCCUUCGUGAGGAAUUCUGCAACCUUGAAGAGAUUCUUAGCUAUCAGAACACCGUCUUCUUUGGUGGAGACUGUAUAUCCAUGAUUGAUUACCUCUUUUGGCCCUGGUUUGAGCGGCUGGAUGUAUAUGGAAUAGCUGACUGUGUGAACCACACCCCAGCUCUUCGGCUCUGGAUCGAGGCCAUGAAGCAGGACCCCACGGUGUGUGCUCUUCUCAUAGAUAAGAACAUUUUCCUGGGCUUCUUGAAUCUCUAUUUUCAGAACCACCCCGAUGCCUUUGACUAUGGGCUGAGUUGCUGAGCCCCAUGGUCCACCCCUUCACUACCCAGAAUUCCCAAGCAUGUCGUGACACUGUUCCAGGAGUUGUUUGGGUGGGUCAAUCAAUCUCUGUUCCUUUUUUUGAGGUUCCUAAUAAACAUGGAGACAGAAAA